CCCUCCCUCCUUCCCGGCCUGCUUCUCCUCCGCCUUGCGUCGGGAGUCUGAGGCCGGCCAUGGCUGCUGGGCCUGCCGCCGCCCUCGUCCUCUUUGCGGCCGCUUUGGCCGCCCCCGCCGCCUCCGCCGCCCCUCCGGAGGACCCCUUCGCCGCGCAGCUGGGCGACCUCUCGGCCUGCCGGGAGCGCUGCGGGCGAAGCCUCCGGGGCCCUGGAGCCCCUCCCGGGCAGGGACAGGAUGCGGUGCUCAACGCCUGUUCCCGGGGCUGCCGUCUGUUUUCCAUCUGUCAUUUUGUGGACGCCACCGUGGAGCUGAAUGCGACCCGGGCCGAGUGCGAAUCAGCCUGCAUGGAAGCCUACCUGGGCGGAGAAGAGCAGUUUGGCUGCUUGACCGGAUGCCGGACACAGAUGCCCGUCACCCAAAGCCUGGAAGGAAAGGCACAAGAUCAGAAGCCGCCAGCCCCGUUCUCGGUCUUGGACGUGGUCUCCAACUUUUGCAACGACAUUGUGAGCUCGGCGCAGAGUUUCAUCUCCUCCACCUGGACCUUCUACCUGCAGGCCGAUGACGGGAAGGUGGUGGUCUUUCAGUCCCAGCCGGAGAUGGAAUAUCCGGUCCCGGAGGUCCAGGCGCCCAAGUUGGAGGUCUCCGAGGAGGAGGCGGCGUGGACCCCGUCGGCCGCAAACACCCUCAAGCCCCACACAGGUCUCCGUGAGAAGCUGGAGCGCCCUCCGGUGGAAGAGGCCAAGAGCCAGGGCCAGCUCCUUGCGGACAGCCCUGCGCCGCCCGAACACGAUUUCCUGGGAUGCAUGUCCAAGCGUUCGGGGCUCCCGCGCUGGAUCCUGGCCGCCUGCCUCUUCCUCUCGGUCGUGGUCAUGCUCUGGCUCAGCUGCGCCAGCCUGGUCACCGCCCCCGAUCACCACGUCAAGACACAGCCCCUGAGCAUCAACGGGGACAAGGAGUUCCUGGAGGACCUGGGCGGGCCCGUGCCGUUCUCGCUGCGCCCGGUCAUCGCGGUGGCCAUCUGCCCGGCCGGAGGCGACCCUGACGAGGAGAUGGCCAGCCCGCUCCCGGUCAAAGUGGAUUUGGACAAGACGGCCGUCUAGGAAGGGCCUGAGUCGUCGUUUUUCCCCCCUGUCGUUCCCCUCGGUUUGCCCCACUCACACUUUUUUGUUGUGUUCUCGCCGGCAACACACAAUCCGAUCCCUCCCGACAGAUGGCCAGCCUUCCAGGCAACACAUUCCAUGCUUAGGGAGUGAGUGGGGCAACGGCUUCCAAACCUUGACACACACACAUACACACACAGGACUUCCGAAACAUAACGACAACAACAAUAACAACAACAACAAUAACAACAACAACAACAAUUUUAUUAUUUUUAUUAUUUUAUUAUUAUUAUUAUUAUUUAUUUUUAUUUUUUAUUUUUUUAUUAUUUUAUUGUUUUGUUAUAUUUAUUAUUUUUAAUUUUUAUUAUUUUCAAAGGGUUGCUGUGAGUCUUUUGGGCUGGAACGUGGCAAUACCGCCUGGAAAACUCA